UGCACGUGGCUAGAGGGCAACCAGUGCAAAUGGCCCAGGCGUCCUGCCCACACAGUAGACAAAAUGGUCAAAAAAGCUCUCUCUCCUGGUGAAAACUAUGAACUGCUGGACGUUCAAGUUAAAGGAGUAUUCGUGAGCUGGACAGAAGCUAGAAAAAUGCUUCCUCUCGCAGAAUACCAGUCUGACCUGAAUGAAGCAGCCUUGCCCCCUAAAAGAAUAAGGCGUCCAAGGGUCUUUAGUGACGAUGAGGAUGACAACUACCCUGCUGUCCCGCACUCUUUUCUUGCAAGAGCAAGCUCAGAAGGUCGGCCACCUUCACAGGCACCAGUGCUUCCAUCUGAGAAGACUGUAUCAAAUGCAGAGAAGCCCCCUGCAAGACGUUCAGCAGCUGACCCAUGCCACUCUCUGUCACAAGAGUCGUGUUCAGUCCAAAGUAUUCCAAGGAACGAACGACACACGCAAUGCCACCAAAAGUCUCUUGCGCCAUUGCUUUCAGGUCAGACUGGUGAGCGCACUGGAAGCCAGCAAACUGCGAAUGUCACUGAACAAGCAAUAGAUGAUCCACAGCUGGAUUUCCUUUCCAUUGAGGGAGGGCUCUCUGAGGCUGUUGACGACACGACAGACUUCGAGAGUGUACAUUCCCAAGAGUCAGUGGCAGCCGGAGCACAACUAAGAGGCCAGAGACGUCAGGGGAUGCCAGACUAUGAUUUUCAACACGUAGUGCUGAAGAACUUGAAUAUAAUAAGACUCGUUCUCCAGCAACAAGGGGAGCUGUUGUCCAGCCUUAUUCCUCCUCAGCCUUCGUUAACAGAAGCUGUAAAGCUGCUUGAGGGCCCAUUGGAAUCUACCGAUCAACUUCAACAAUUUGAAGAGGGGCUUACAAAGCAACAAGAGAAACACUUUGUUCUAGAGCUUUCACUGCUUGGCGGCCACAAUACAAAGGUUGCUGUGCGGAGGAUGUUAUCCUACGUGAUUACUGAUGAACUUGGGAGACAGUACAGCUGGGAGGGAAAGAAGGGAAAGCUUCCUUUUAGGGACCUCCGCCUGCCAGGAUUAAUCCUUCGCGCCGUUCACAUCCAGAAGAAACUUUCUCGAAGCACACAACACGAGGUCGAGCACGUCAUAAAGGAAUGGCUGCGCCAUGCACGCGAAAGAGUGGAGCGGUCAAAACAGUGAGCCAGUGCAAGACUCACACAUGCUUCAUUCGUUGCAGGGAGCCCCUAGUCAUACAUUAACUGUACCAUAUAUAUUGGGUGCGUAAUUAAAAACUGACCAGAAUUUUUAAAACUAGAAACAUUAAUUUUUCUCA